AUGGGUGAGAAGGUCAACAACAUGGAUGAGAAGGUCAUCAGUCUGAGUCGGUUGGCGAUUAAAGACACAAACAAAAGGGUGGCCUCCGAAUCAUCGGUCUCUGAUAAAUUUAGGGAUUCAAGUUCGAAAAGAUUAUCAGCCAAAAACACAAACAUAAGGAAGAGUCCUGAGCCAUCUGACUCUGACUCUGACGAUGCUCCGGUCCGUAAACGCCUCCGUCCGAGGAAUAAUGUUUCAUCAGGCACCAAGCAGCCUACCAUGAAAUCAGUAAUUAAGGUCGAUAAGCCUAAACGGAAGCAGACAAGAUGGGGAAAUAUCUAUGACGUAAGAACGGGCAACAAAACAGAGACUGACACAACGGAGACUGACACAACAGAGGCCGAGGCAACGGAGGCAGACACAACAGACGAGGAGUCUCCAAGGCCCAAGGCGCUGGAACCCAAAAAGAAGGAAGAAGGGCUGGAGAUUAGACUUGAUAACCAGCGCUGGCCUAUCACAAGAAUUGACAAUCCUACUGGGAUCGCGCCUAAAGUUAUUGUGACAGAUGCCGAAGGAGAAUUUCGUGCCCCAACUCUGAAAGAGGUUCUUUGUCUUGGAACCAAGCAAACAUGCGAGGACAACACAUUAUGCUUACGAAGGUGGUAUAGCACGCAUAAAAAGUCAUUCCCUGAUUCCUUGGCCUUCGUGUCAAUCGAAGCAAUAUCUGGUAAAAGAUUCAAAGUAGGCUUCGAGAGGACAGAGAAGGGGACCAAACAUUACAAAGAUGGAUUUGAAGCUAGAAAGUUAUAUAGCUGGGGUUACAGAGCUGCGCACCUAAUGGGAGAGGAGUAUAUUACUAGGUUCCUUAAGAGUCAAGCAAAAUACAUAGAGACCGCAAAAGACAAACUUCAUAGUAAGGCCAAGAAGUAA